AUGGAUCAAAGCCAAACGGAAACAACGAACGUGGGCCAGGCCCAUAUACGUUUCCUGGGUGUGCGGCAACUCAUUAACAAGGUUACAUCGUUUUGCAAAUACCACAGGUGGGCCAACUGGGAGUUUCACGUGGGCUUUGACAUGCGCGCCGGCACAGUCAUCUCACUGGCUUCCAUCCACGACGCCGAGGCCGGCGCACGGCGGAGGGUUCUCUACCGCGGGUUCGUGUCGGAGGUCUUCGUGCCGUACAGGCCCGUCGAGAACAAGAACAUGAUCUGCGUAUUCGAGCGGUACGCCGGCGACGUCGCGUGGCGCCACACCGAGGCCGGCUUCCCCGACCGACUGAUCACGGAGGUCCGGCCUGACGUGAGCUUGGUUGUGAGGAUGGUGGUGUCGUGCGGAAACUACGACUACAUAUUGGACUGGGAGUUCAAGACGAGCGGCUCCAUCAAAUUCGUGGUAUCUCUGACAGGUCUCCUAGAGGUGAAGGGGACGGACUACACGCACGCCGACCAGAUCAGGCAGGACGCGCACGGCACGCUGGUGGCGGAGAACACCCUCGCCGUCUACCACGACCACUACGUCACUUACCAUCUCGACCUCGACGUCGACGGCACCAACAACUCUUUCGUCAAGAACAUGAUCACCACGAGGCACAACACCGCCGGCACGCCACGGAAAAGCUACUGGACGGUGCGCCGGGAGGUGGCCGAGACAGAGGCGGAUGCGCAGGUGGACGUGAACGCGGCGCCCGCGGAUCUGCUGAUCGUGAACCCGAACAGGAGGACGAGGAUGGGCAACGAGGUCGGGUACCGUGUCGUCCCGGGCGGCGCAACGGCGGCGGCGGUGCUGGACGACGACGACUACCCGCAGCGGCGAGCGAGCUAUAGCAAGAAGCAGCUGUGGGUGACGCCGUACAACAGGGACGAGAAGUGGGCGCCCGGGCUGUACGCUGACCAGAGCACCGGCGACGACGGCCUGGCCCCCUGGAGCGGGAGGGACAGGGGGAUACAGAACGAGGACAUCGUGCUGUGGUACACGGUGGGCAUCCACCACAUACCGUACCAGGAUGAUUUCCCGGUGAUGCCGACGGUGAGCGGCGGGUUCGAGCUCCGGCCGGCAAACUUCUUCGAGCGGAACCCGUUGCUCAAAACAAGACCCCCCAUGCGUCACCAGCUGCCUUUCCCUAACUGCUCAUGCGCCGGUGAUUCCAGCUGAUGCACGCGCGGGAACCGUGCGAACCCAGAUUAAUUAGCACCGAGCGAACAACAAACUGAUUUCCCCAAGCCGUGGAUGUGGCAAUCAGA